UUCAAGUCGCUUUCUGCAACGUUCUUGCAAAAUUGUCUUGCGGUGGGGCCAAAUCUUGCAAAAAUGAUAGAUUUACGCGAUAAAAAUGAUCAAAACAAGGAAACGUCGAAAAAUAAGCAAGAGGACCUUUCAAAAAUACCAGUAACGGCUCAAAGAGGGCUGGUACCCCUUAGCCCCUACUUAAAUUUCGAUCCAACAUACUUGCCGCCCAGUCAGCCAGAGUUCAUUUUUCCUGAGGGGGCUGUGAAACAACGAGGACGUUUUGAAUUAGCGUUUAGUCAUAUCGGGGCGACAUGUAUGGCAGGGGCUGCUGUUGGCGGUGUUGCGGGACUUUAUAAAGGAGUUAGGGUCACAUCUCUUGCAGGUCAACAAGGAAAACUCCGUCGUACUCAAUUAAUUAAUCAUGUGGUAAAACAUGGCUCGUCGUUAGCGAACACUCUAGGAGUGGUUUCAGUGAUGUAUACUUGUUUUGGCGUCUUCUUAUCCUACGUAAGAGGAACCGAUGAUUCUCUCAACACAUUAGCAGCGGCUACGGCAACUGGCAUGCUCUUCAAAUCUACAGCUGGAAUGCGCAGAUGUGCAGUCGGUGGCGGAGUAGGACUAGGAAUUGCAUCUCUAUACUGCCUCUGGAGUAAUCGAGAAGCCCUCUCACAAAUUAGGCAUCAAUCCAUGAAUCCGGCGUAAGAAUUAUCUAAAUGACAAUUUGGCUUCCCGCUCCACUAAAGAUUAGCAACGAAUUUCCUCUCUAUGUUGUAAAUAGAAAAUUUACCUCGAGUUGUAAGACAAACGGUAUUUCAAGAAUCGAUACGGUGUAUAAUAAAUAAAUAAAUAAAUAAAUAAAUGUAAAUAGUAAAAUUAUCGCUUUCAAGAAUACAGAAUUUAUUGCUUUUUGUGAAAU